AUGGCGGGGGCGGGCGGGCCCGGCGGGCGGCCCGGGGGGCUGCAGCCCCUCCGCGCUACCGUCCCCUUCCAGCUGCAGCAGCGCCGCGGAGACGGCGGCCGGGCAGCCAGUGUCCCCUGUGCUGCUGCUGCUGCUGCUGACAAGUGUGGCCGUCCCCGGCAGCCCCGCGUGCGCCGCACCUCCUCGCUCGACACCAUCCUGGGCUCCUACCUGCUGGGACAGUGGCCACGGGACGCUGAGGGAGCCCCCUCUUCCUGCAUGAGUGACAAAGCUACCCAGACCCCAGUGUCCUGGCAGGAGGUGGAGGUGGGGAGAGGCAGCUCCGGGGCUCACCAACGUUCAGCUUCCUGGGGCAGCACAGAUCACCGCCGAGAGAUUGCCAAGCUGAAGCAGCAGCUCCAGAGAACAAAGCUCAAUGGCAGAAGUGGCAAAGACAAGGAGAAGAGCUCCCCACUCCAGGGGGACCAUGCUGUCCUUGGAUCAUCCCUCAGGGACUCCUCUUCGAGCUUCCUUUCUCCAUCUCUCAUUUUGAGGCUCAGCCCCUGCUUGCACAGGAGCCUGGAAGGGCUAAACCAGGAGCUGGAGGAAGUAUUUGUGAAGGAACAGGGAGAUGAAGAGCUUUUGAGGAUCCUGGAUGUCCCAGAUGGCCACAGGGCACCAGCACCUGCCCAGAGAGGCUCUGAAGAUGUGUCCCUGCCCCUGGAGCCCAGCAGCAGCUCCAGCAGCCUCUCUCCUUCCCCUUCUGUGCCUCUCCACCUGUCCCCACACACCCCGGGGAGGCUGGCAGCAGAGGAGGCCCCCUCUGCUGGGGAUGAGCUGCAGCCUGAUCCAAAGGAGAAAGAGGAGGGCAGCCCUUCUCCAGUCCUGGCCUUUGCUUCUUCUCCUCGACCCAACCACAGUUACAUGUUCAAACGGGAACCUCCCGAGGGCUGUGAGAAGGUCCGGGCCUUCGAAGAAGCUUCCUCCCCCAGCCCUGACCAGCCUUUCCAGCCUUCCUGUCCAGACAAGAACAAAGUGCACUUCAACCCCACCGGUUCUGCCUUCUGCCCUGUCAGUCUGGUCAAGCCCCUCUUCCCAAACGUGGGUUUCCUCUUCAGAGGCUUCCCAGCUUCUCCCAGCCCUGGCAUGGGCACGUUUACAUCCUGCCAGCCCCCAGCCCCCAGCCCCUUCCUCGGGGCACGGAAGGACACUGCUGUGGAGAGUUUCAGUGAGGUGUCCAAGUCUUCUCCACGGAGUUACGACCACUGGAAGCGUGGGCAGCCCGAGGAGAGCGUCGUCUUCCACAGCUCCCUCGUGGUGUGAAGCCCUUGGGGCAAAGCCAGCCAGCACCAGCAGCUCUGGCUCCUCAGGGUGUCUCCCCCAGCCUUGUGUGGAGACAAGUGCCUUGUGAAGGUGGGAUGUGACAGCCAGGAGGUGGCCCUGGGACUGAGAACCACAAGGGGCUUCCUCCCAGGAUGAUAGAAACUGUGAAGUACAUUGUGCCACGGGACUCCUCCCUGCUGGAGGGGCUGGUUUCUCCCGGCCUCCCCUGUCAAAGCACUUUCCUGUGUUCCAUUGUCUUUGUUUCCUGUGUGAUUGUUUUGCUGGUGAAGAGCAGCCGGGCCCUGCUGGGGGAGCAGAGGGGAACUUGUGCUCCCUGUCUCUGGGAAAGGAGGUGGAGCUGGGGAGGGUUCAGGUUGGAGCUUCCCUGGAGCUGUCUGGGAUUGCUGAACCCUGGGGAGUGGGAAGGGGGGAGAAGGGGCAGCUGCCCUUGGAUGGGUUGGAGCAGAAGAUGGUGUGUGCCUGCACUGCUAAGGCAGCUCAUCUCCCUCAGAGCACAGAGGGGGCUGGAGAGCAGCAGGUCCCUGCCUGUGCUUCCACUGUUCCCUUUGAAACAAGCCUGGAGUGUUAGGAAUGCUGGGCUGAAAGGGGGGAGGGUGCAGGGGCCUCAGUGCAGCCUGCACUGAUCUGGGCAGGUUUGGUGGCUGAGGAAGAGGGAGGCACCUGAGGCACCAGCUCCCUCCCUGUCCCUGGGCUGAGGUUUUCCAGGUGCCCUGGCUGUGCUGCAGGAAAAGGGGAUGGAAGUGGAAACCAUCAGUUCAGAAAGGUCCCUGCUCCAGGGGGUGUUGCUGCUGGAGAGAAACUCCCUGCUCCUUCCCAUGAGCCUGGACAGCCUGGUUCCUGGGGGGAUGCAGAGGGGGGCCUGGGACCCUCUGCCUGUGAGGGCUGGAGAAGCUGCACAAAGCUGUGACCAGGGCUGGGCAGAAGUUGCUCCCCAACAGGAGCCAAUUCACACGGGAAUAUUGAUUGUAAAACCUCUGGACAACAAAAGUAUUAGAUUUUGUGUUCUGUUGCAAAGGCUCUGGGUUGGACUGAAGAAGCCUAUUUUCUUGUAUCUGAUGUAGAAACUCUAUUUUCUUCCAAAGACACUAUUUUUGCAGCUGUUUGAAGUUUGUAUUUUAUGUAUGUAUUGCAGAGCUUAAAGAAGGAAUGUUAGCUUUGGAGUUCCUGUCUUGUGUUUAGAGGGUUGUUUUGGGUUUUUUUGCAGAUGCUGGUAUUGCCAGUGAAGAGGAAACAAAAUAAAUAUUUCAGGCAUCCAAAGUCCUUCUUUGGGAUUGAA